GUCAUGGUUUCCACAGACUAAGCUCAACAGCAGAUUGAAGUUGUGAGCACUGCUUUGUGGUAUUUCCUUUUUUGAGAUUUUUUUUCCAGGAUGUUUUUGAACUGGCUCCAUGUUCACACACACACACACACACAUUCACAGCGAGGUUACACCCAGUUGGUUCCUUCUUGAGGGUAAAUUCUUGGGAUUCGCAGCUUCCAAACAGCCGAUUUCCUUUCCUCGCAGCUGGGAGGGCAGGUUCCCAGGCUGCUGCUCCUGUGCUCACUGACUGCCACUGCUGGACCGUCCCCAGGAGGAGUUAGUCGCUUCACUUCUAAGGUCCCUCAAAGCAAACAAGGGGGAGGCGGGGAGGGGAAAGAGGGGAUCCGGGAUCAGCCUCUCCUGCCCCAGCAGCAGCCAGGAUGCUCCGAGGCAGCGGCAGCUGCUGGCUUCUGGAAUCCCGGCCAGGCGAGUCACCCCGUUAGGAGGCCCCGCCAGCACCCCCGGCCCGGAGGGCAGCGGCGGCAGCAUGGGCAGCGGCAGCAGCAGGAGGAAGCGGAGCUGCAGCCCCGCCGCGGAUCGUCCUGGCAGGCGGGGCAGAAGCAGCAGCGCCCCCAGCGGGCAGGGCGAGGAGGCCAGGGGCAGCCAGGCGCCCGCCCCCACGGAGCUGCCCAGCACCAGCCUGCGGCGGCCGCAGCCGGGCGAACCGGCGGAGGACUCGGACUGGGAGCUGCUGGAGGAGGUGCUGGCUGAGUGCGAGGAGCCGGGCGCGCUGCCCCCCACGGCUCGGGGCCCGGCUGCCCCCAUCCCGGGCCCGCCCCGCCGGGGGCCCGCCGGGGACUCCGGGGCCGGCCACGACCGGCACCCAGGGGCGGCGGCAGCAGGGAGCGGCCGGGGCAGCGGGGCCGCCGGAGGGGACCAGCCGGCCUCCUUAACAAGAAGUACACAGGACCCAGAGAACAACAACAACUCCGCGAGUGAUAUGGUGAGCUCAUCAGCAGAGGUGACCAUGAUGGAAUCCCAGAAUCGCAAAAGAGCUCCAGCAUGGACCGAAUGGGAGCCAGGAACUGUUUAUCACCCUGGAGCCAAUACCCCCCGAACCCACCCAAGGCAGGCUCCCGGACCCACCAGGCGGAGAAGGGACCUCUGCUGCAAAUGUUUCAACGCUUCCCCUAUCAUCUUCAUCCCAGAGGCUAGCAAAGAUUAGAAGGUUUCCAGUCAGAAGUAACAAGAAGCCUGAGAUGCAAUCUCCAAUAUCGUACGAUUACGCUGAAGAAGAGCUCAUGGCGAGUAUUGAACAAGAGUACUGCCGCUGAGACCCAGUGCUGUAUGAUCAUAGCUGACAGGGGCACAUAUGAGCAAGGGUUCUGUGAACAAAAUAACCCCGCACACAGUGAGAUUGUUCUGAAGAAAUGAAAAAGACGAGAAUGAAAUGGGAGAGAAUGUUACCACUCAGGAGGCUGUUAGUAUUGUAGGACUUCAAAGAACUCCUCUUUGGCAAGUGCUGAGCAAGAGCACUGAUUAACGAAGGAACCCUCGCUGAGCAGUGAACAAAAGCAAUGCGGUGGAAAAAAAUAAGAUCUUAUUACUUUCCUCUUGUAAAUUAAUAUUUAAAAGCUAGUUUCUAAGUAAUACUUGUGUAUGAAGACUUAAAUAUAGUGUAAGGUUGAGAUGUGCCAUUUUGACAGUGUGAUUUCAGUCAGAGAAGUGCAGCAAAUCAUUUGAAUAAAUACUUACUUGAUAGGAGAUAUCCAAAAUAUACCUUUCCUGGCACUUAGUUAUGGGUCAAAUUCAGACCUAUGGUAAGCAGCUUGUAACUCUUUACACCAGGUAUGAAUUUGCCCCCACAUGUUUUUUUUAAAUAUUCCACAGCACAGAAAGAGGGAGGGAAGGGAGUCAAUCAUUCCAAACUUAGGCUGCAGGAUCUAAGGGUUCCAAUCCCAGUUCUCUAUCAAACAACAGGUGUGGGAUUUGUUCUGAUUGUGCACAUGGCUCUAUUCCUUCUAGCUCCCCUUUUCCAGAGAGGCAGGGGACUGAAAUUGUCAAGAGUCCUGCUUCCUUAAAAGGCAAGAUUCUUGUCUAGUUUCUUACCUGCUGGCUUACAAAAAUGGAAGCUACAGGGAAAUCAGAAGGACAGAAUGACGUGCACAUACCGGUCCAAUGCCACAUGUACGCGCCUGUUGGGUCACCCACUUUGAGAUGGGCUUUAACAUCAUUGAAAAGCAGUUGUUCACAAAUCAGCACUCCAGCACUGGAGUUAGAUAUAAAUUGACCACUUCGGGCUUACACAGGAAUUUUCAUUAGUGCUUAAUUUAAAAUUCACCACAUUUAUCACUAAGGACAGAAAAGUAAAACAAAAAAUCCUAUAAGCGUAAAGACUCAGAGGUUUUCAGUAUGAUUGACAGUGAAGCCUUAUACUUUUUAAUUAAGGUUUCUGUGCGUUUGGUUGGUUGGUUGGUUGGUUGGUUGGUUGGUUUGGAGCCUGAUAUACUUGGAGUAGCUGCUUAUCAGAAUUAGAAAAAAUAACUUCUUUCUGUCCUCUGAUGGAACAUAACACGUCAGAUGAAAUCUCAAGGGCAAAUCAAUGAGGCACAUGCUAAUGGAAACAGUGGGAUACACCUUAAGAUGUCAAGGUUUGACUUUCCCUUUGUAUUUUGGUGUAGAUUUCACAAAUGUCUAUGUUCCAGAUAAUUCUCAAUAAAAGGCAAAAGUAUCAGUUUGA